CGUAGAAACCUGUGUGGCCUGCGCUCCUCCGCCGUAACUUUAGAGUUCAUGCUUCGGCUUUCGUGACAGCUCUACUGGCGCGACCAGCGGAUUUCAAGGGCUGGAACACCUGUUUACUCGACCGAGAGCCACAGCGACACGGCCAAGAUGUUGAAUAUGUGGAAAGUGCGGGAGCUGGUUGAUAAAGCAACCAACGUUGUGAUGAACUAUACUGAAACUGAGUCGAAAGUUCGGGAAGCCACCAAUGAUGACCCAUGGGGACCUUCUGGACAGCUAAUGGGAGAAAUUGCGAGGUGCACAUUUAUGUAUGAACAGUUUCCAGAGGUUAUGAACAUGCUGUGGACAAGAAUGCUCAAAGACAACAAGAAAAACUGGAGAAGAGUUUACAAGUCUUUACUGCUGCUGGCUUACCUGAUCAGAAAUGGGUCUGAACGCGUGGUCACGAGCGCACGAGAGCACCUGUAUGAUUUGCGCUCCAUUGAGAGCUAUCAUUGUGUCGACGAGAACGGCAAGGACCAGGGUGUCAAUGUGCGUCAAAAGGUGAAGGAGCUUAUAGAGUUUGUGCAGGACGAUGAUAGAUUGAGAGAGGAAAGGAAGAAGGCCAAGAAAAACAGGGACAAGUAUAUAGGCGUGUCCUCUGAUAGUAUGUCAGGCUUCAGAUACUCGGAGGACAGGUUUGAUUCCAGGGAGCCACGCUCAAAAUGGGAUGAAGACUGGGACAAGAGCAAGGGAGCGUUCCCUUUUAGUGAAAAACUGGGAGAGAUCAGCGAUAAGAUCGGAAGCACCAUUGAUGACACCAUUAACAUGUUCCGCAAAAAAGACAGGGAGGAUUCGCCUGACAGAUUCAGUGAGACAGAUGAGGAGCGUCGGGGAGCAAGAAACGGGCAGUCUGGGAAAUCAGAAUUUAAAGAUGAUGAAGAAACCGUGACAACCAAAAGUGUCCAGAUCGUCCAGGCCACAGAGACCACUGCUACUCGUAAAAAAGGCGUUCCCUCAAAAACGAUAGACCUUGGAGCAGCUGCUCAUUACACUGGCGACAAAUCCUCCAACAAUUCAAACACAAACCAGACUACUACUACUACAUCAGCAGCGAGUCAGCCCUGUUCUGGUUUGGUGGACCUGUUCUCAGCAGAUCCUGCACCUGCUCAACCAGCUUCCAAAGGUCUCAGCUCUGACCUGAUUGGAGGUUUUGCUGAUUUCUCCUCUCCUGCAGCUGCAGCCAGUCUUCCAUCAUCAACUGCCCCUGCAUCUAGUGGGAAUGGAGGAGACUUUGGGGAUUGGAACGCUUUUCCUGCAGCCCAACAAGCCGUCCCAGCAGCCCAGCCUGUGAACCCUGCAGGAAUAGACCUUUUCUCAGGUUUUCAGACGGCUCCUGCCCCUGCUCCUGUAUCCACCGCUCCCUCAUCUGACCUCUUUGACCUAAUGGGCUCCUCCCAGACCACUAACUUCAGCACCUCCCAAAGCUUGAACUUCUCCAUGACCACCUCUCAGACCGUUGGCAUGCCAACGUCCAAAUCACAGCCACUGCAGACUAUGGGGGUCCCGCUGAUGCCCCAGCAGCCAAUGGCCCAGAAGCCCAAUCCCAAAGCCCCUGUGCCCGCCACCUGGUCCAAUUCUAAUGUAGACAUAAGCCUGGACUACCUUGGCCCUGGCAUGCAGCCACCCAAACCUUCUCAGCCUACACUCAGCAUGAUGCAGCAAGGAGUUCAGACUCCUGUCAAUAUGAUGACUCAGGGCUUUGCGGGCAUGAAUCUAGGCAUGCAGGCUGCCCCUUCAAUGGUCAGACCACCCACCAACACCAUGGUGGGAGGAAUGAACAUGGGCAUGCAGCCUGGCAUGACCGCUAGCCCCAUGUCUAUGCCACAAAUGGGAGGGAUGCCAGUCAAUCAGGGCAUGAUGGGAAUGAAUAUGAACAUGGGCAUGUCAGCAGCCGCCAUGGGCAUGCCAGGAGGUAUGGGCAUGGGUACGGGGAUGCCAGGCAUGGGAAUGAACCCUGCCAUGGGACAGCCUAAACAAGACGCCUUUGCAGAUUUCGCCAACUUCGGGAAAUGAUUAGCCGAGUAUUACACGAACAGUCCUUCUGGAGAGGUGACCAUGAAGAAGCUAUGAAGAGCUAGAAGACAAAGACUACUUGAAAAUAAAGCCACGCAGGAAUUGUUUGUUCAUAUGAUGCUGAUGUCCAACUGGAUGAUUAUAUUAUUUUCUGUGUUCUUCUGAUCAGCUGUACCAAGGAGCCCUGUCCAGGGUGGCUGGUUUGUUCUGAAAAUCGUUUCAGUCGUCGCACACGCACUUCCCACGUUUCCAUGGGACAUCGCUUUAAGGAAUGUGAUGAUAGUGAAUGACUCCAGUUGACUUUAUUCUCUCACUGAACUUCUUCAUUUAACCCAUAACGUACUUGGGUUUCUAAUGCUGUAGAAAAAAACAAAUCAUAAUCAAUUCUGGCCUUUUCUCUACUCUGCCUUAAGACGAUAACCUGUAAAUAUUCUUUCGCGCUGCAGACAAUAAGUUAUUGAGUUACAAGAUUAAUGAAAUUAUGAUGAUGGUAAGGAUUUUUCUAUGGAGUAAAGAUUGUGAUCACUUGCCAUUUUGUAUUUGAUUUUUAUUCAAAUGACCAUUUGCUGAAAAGAAAUGAAGAACUCGGACAUCAGAAUGAUGGAUGGACGAUUCCAAAUCAAAACCAUUGUGGCCUUAAAUAGUUCAUGUGUAAUAUAAUCUACUUUGCAUCUUUUUGAAAAUGCAAAAUCUGUCCUUCAAACACAUGGUGCCUGUCAGUCUCUUGCUUAUUUUUUCCUAAAAAAUAUGACUAUAAAAUCACAGUAUUUAUUAAAGGUACUGUUAGAAAGCAUAAUAAGAAAAAAAAAAACAGUUUUGCAUGGUUAACUUAUAAGGAAGAGUUUGGGAGACUAAAAUAAUUUUAUACAUUUGAACCUGAUACGGGUUCAUAUUUUUAUGCAGGUCUGCUCAUGCUGAGUGUAGGCUGUGUUUUUGUGAAGCCUUGUAGCAUAGAGUUGGAUGCUGCAACCAGAGGACCAUCACUGUAUUGUCGAGAUCAUCUGUUUCUGUCUGCAGUGUCCGCUGAACCUAAUCAAGCCCCUUUCUUCCAAUCUGAGGCUUUUUAUAAGCAUAAUGACCAAAUUCUUCCCUUCUUGCUUCUUCUUUUUUCCCCGUAUGGUUGGUAUAGGUUUUUGUUAGUCAGUCUCUGUAGGAUCUGAACUAUUGAGCGGUAAAGGGCGUGUUACAGGAAACACUAUGUUUAUGCAAAUCAACAGCAAGCAACAAAAAACAAACUCUUUCUUCCACUGAGAAUGUUUUCGGUUUCAUACAAUGACUUGAUUGUACUUAUGAUCUUUUAUGAACGACAAUAAAAAGUUGAUUUCCAUUUUCAUCAUAA